GUAGCGCUAGGGCUUUCCGCGAGUCGAUCCAACAGGUGCGUCGUGGUUCUGGGAUCGAUCUGGAAGGGCGGGGUGGAGCUGGAUAGUUGAGAAUUUCAGGAGUGAUUUAUCCAUUCCCCCAAUGGCGAUUUUGUACGCGCUCGUGGCGAGGGGGCAGAUUGUGUUGGCGGAAUACGCAUCGGUUCCUGGCAAUGCGCACACGAUCGCGCGCCGGAUCCUGGAGAAUUUCCCUCCCGGUGGCGACAGCCGCAUGUCCUACUCGCAGGACAGGCACAUCUUCCAUGUAAUGCGCUUGGAUGGGCUCGUCUUCCUCUGUAUGGCAUCGGAGACUUUUGGAAGAAGGAUCCCGUAUGCGUUCCUGGAGGACAUCCACACCAGGUUCACGAGAACUUACGGAAGAGCCGGGCAGACCGCGCUGUCGUACGCCAUGAACGACGAGUUCUCGCGGGUUUUGCACCAGCAGAUGGAUUUCUUCUCGAACGAUCCCAACGCCGACGCGAUCAACCGGGUGAAGGGCGAGAUCACAGACGUUCGCAGCAUCAUGGUCCAAAACAUCGACAAGAUCCUGGAGCGAGGCGACCGGCUGGAGCUGCUGGUGGACAAAACAGCGCACAUCGAAGACAACGCUUUCCGGUUCAAGAAGCAAGCGCGCAAGGCGCGACACGCACAAUGGAUGCAAACGCUCAAGCUCUCGGCGUGCCUCGCGCUUGUCAUCCUCGUGCUCAUCUUCCUUGUUGUAACAUUCUUCUGCGGGGGGAUAACAUUCCAGUCGUGCAGAUAAAACCCCGUGUGUAAAUUCCAGAAAUACGCCGGAUAUGCUGAUUCGCAGAAUGUCCUUUUAGGGUUUAAGAUAUGCUAUAGAAUAUGCUUUUCUGAUUA